AUGCAUGUUUCCGAAUGGUUUGCUAAUCCAUAUGAUGUAAAAAUAGAUAAUGAAGGUAGUGAAACUGGCUUAAAAGAUGAAUUGGGUGAAAUAUGUGUAGAUCUCGAAGCUAAAGCGUUAACAUUAACUCCCAGUAAGACAUUUAACGAUAUAAUAACUCCUGAUAGAGGAAAUCUUUUUACAGUGAAAAAAUUCAUAGAGAAUACAUUUUCAUUUAAUUCAUCUCAGUUUUCUGAUCAGAUAAGAACUCCUGAUAUACCAAAUACUCUGGCAAUUUACCUGUUGGAAAAAUACGAAAGAAACAUGUUUGAAAAAAAUAUACUUUCAGAAGUAAAAUUGGUCGACGAAAUCAUACAAAAUAUUAAAUUAGAGACUGACGGAAAGACAAUACAAUAUACAGACGUCUGCACACGUAUACAUAAAAAAUGCUUUGAAAAUGCUAUUAUCGAAGUGAUAUCAGAAGUGGGAAUUGAUUCCAUACUACAAAAGAGAAAGAAGCUAAAAUACCCUGUAGAUGUAGAUCUCUUGUCUUUCACUUUUAAAGCCUAUUUUAUAAAUUUAGGAGGUGUUUCUAAAGAUAAUCAAAAUUUCGUUGAUAAAGUAAAUGCUGUUAUGUUAUUCUAUGCAACCGAUGAUAAAAAUGAAGUAAAAACAAAUUGUUUACAAAAUGCUGUUCCAAGUUCUGUUCCAAUAAUGGAACAAGAAUUUCGAAAAGAAUUUGAUAGAACUAAACCUAAAAUUGGAGGUUUGGUCGCAAUUAUGAUUGUUCUUUCGAUAUUUCUUAAUAUGAGCAAUAGCUGGGUGAAAAGCAAACUUCUUCUUGGUGUAGCAAGUGUAAUUAACGCUGGCCUGGCUGUAUCGUCGUCUUUCGGAUUAAUGGCUGCAUCGGGUGUUGAAUUCACCUACUGGAAUGCUACGAUUCCAUUCUUAGUUCUUGUUACCGAGAUAGAUGAUGCUUUCGUAUUAAUAGCAUGUUGGAGAAUUACUGAUUUCAAACAUUCAGUUGAAAAACGCAUGGAAGUAACAUAUGGAGAAGCAGGAGUUUCCAUUACUUUGACAUCACUCACUAAUUUCAUUUCCUACUGCAUCGGGAUGAUGGCUCCUUUUCCCUUCAUCCAAAUUUUCAGUUAUUAUACUGCAACUUGUGUCGUUUUGAAUUUUGUAUAUCAGAUAACAUUUUUCGGAGGAUGCUUGGCUUUGAGUGGAUAUAGAGAAGAACGGAAUCUUCGUUCUAGAAAAUUUGUCAGAUGUGAUGAUGUUUGA